ACUGCAAGAUAGACAGAGAGAGUUAGCGGACAGACGCUAAAUUCUUUCAUUCACCUUUGCUGCCGCCGGAGGCGCUACUCUCCUGUCGUCCGACACUCCUGUCUGGUCGGAUACGACUCCCCGACGCCGUCUCCAGCUCUCCACCCUCCCCUCCAAUCUUCACUCCAUUCUCAAGGCUUUGUCAUUGGGGAUUGGAAUUGCUGUCUUAUGUCAUGGGAACUGAAGAAUCAAAAGAUCCAUUGAAAGGGGUUGAUUGGAAAACCAUUGGUGGUGAAUUGCAGAAAGACCCCAGUGCAGGCAGUAAACCAGUUAUAAGGAAGCGGCUUCCCAAAAAAAUUAGGGACAUUCCUGAUUUUUAUUUUCUUCCUCGAAAAUCCCUUCCCUAUAACAUUGCCUUCUUUGGAGCAUGUAUUGCUGGUGGAGUUGGUGCUGGGAUGCUGACAGAGAUAUGGAUAAACAAGAAAGUUAGAGAGGAUGGAGGUAUCAUUUGGGAGUUUGACAAAUAGAGCCUGAUCGCAGUUGGUGGUUUAUUUGGAAUCAUAUAUGCUUUAGAUGAAGCUUGUAAAGAAUCUGAAGACAUCCUUGUUGCUCUUUGUUUUAACUUUCUUUUAUGGGCUCCCCCCCAAAUCAUCUUUAGGCAAGUAAAACUGAAAGUAUGCAACUAAUAAUGUUCGUCCAUAAUUUUUUGGAUGUGGUUCCACAUUCUGUUGGUAGAUUUCGGGAAGUUAUGAUCAAAUAAGCAGUCUGCAUAGUGAUUGCUCUGUUCUGCUAA